UGUUGUUUGCCUGGGAGCUGUUGCUGAACCCUUGAACAGCAUAAUGGCCAGCAGAAAAAGAGAAUUAGCCUUGCAGAUGGUUGUCAAUAAUCAAGAACAUUGGGAAGAAUUUCUGGGAUCCAAAGGAUUGAUUGUAGUAGAUGCUUAUCAAGGCUGGUGUGGACCAUGUAAAACAGUUGUUAAUCUCUUCAAGAAAAUAAGAAAUGAAGUUGGCAGUGACCUGCUGCAUUUUGCUGUGGCUGAGGUAGAUUCAAUUGAUGCUCUAGAGAAAUAUCGUGGAAAAUGUGAGCCAACAUUUCUGUUUUAUGGUGGGGGAGAAUUGGUAGCUGUUGUAAGAGGAGCAAAUGCACCAUUGUUGCAGAAAACCAUUUUGGAACAGCUACAAGCAGAAAGAGAGUCUUGGAUCAUGGAGCAGAGCGAGUGGUGAUUCAUGAUGAAGCCCUCCCUAAACAAGAAGAAAGUGCUACUGUUGGAGAAGGGAUGGAAGAAGACAGUGAGAACGAAGAAGCAGACAACCUGGAUCAGAGAUUUUCAGCAGAAGUGAAUUGAUGGUGCAGUUUUGCAGAUCUAAUAGAAUCCAGUAAUGACUCACAUUUAUUUUGUAGAACAAAAUUGUUAGAACUAAUCUCGUAGCAGCUUGGCUUUAUCAGUGGAACUAAAUUUUAAACUAAUUUUCUAGCAUUAUUCUCACAGGGUCUAAAAUAUUGGUCAAAAUAUAAAUUUACAAUAUUUAACUAUCAUAAUAGUUUGGAAGUCCUUGGUGCUCUCUGUACUUGGUUGUUUGCUUGCAGACAUUUUAUUACUCAAUUAAGUAACAUCAUCAGUACUAGUAAGUAUGGAAUUUGUAAUACUACAUUACUAACCAGAGCAUAUAAAACAUUUGCUAGACCAAUUCUUGAAUACAGCUCGACUGUCUGGAACCCAUACCACAUUUCUGACAUCAAUACAAUUGAAUGUGUCCAGAAAUAUUUUACAAGAAGAGUUCUUCACUCCUCUGAAUACAAAAUACCUUAUGCCAUCAGACUUGAAAUCCUGGGUUUAGAAAAUUUAGAACUACGCCGCCUUCAACAUGACCUGAGUUUAACUCAUAGAAUCAUCUAUUACAAUGUCCUUCCUGUCGAAGACUACUUCAGCUUCAAUUACAACAAUACACAAGCACACAAUAGAUUUAAGCUUAAUGUUAACCACUCCAAUCUUGAUUGCAGAAAAUAUGAUUUCAGUAACAGAGUUGUUAAUGCUUGGAAUACACUACCUGACUCUGUAGUCUCUUCCCAAAAUCCCCAAAGCUUCAACCAAAAACUGUCUACUAUUGACCUCACCCCAUUCCUAAGAGGUCUGUAAGGGGCGUGCAUAAGAGCACAAGUGUGCCUACCGUUCCUGUCCUAUUGUUUCCUUUCGUUAUCUCCAAUUAAUAUA